AUGGCUGAAAUGAAUACUCCCAGCUCUCUUCAACGUGAUAGGCCUAUCAUCCCCCUCACGCAUAUGCCGCAGCAGGCCAACGUCUGGAAGGCAGACGAUGACUGGACCGGUGUCGUCGAUCGUGGGGAGAGGAGGAAGCUGCAGAAUCGACAGAACCAGAGGAAGUGGCGCCAGCGGAAAAAAGCAAGUGCUCGAGGGUUCCGAACAAGCACGUCCCCAUUAAGCUCGGUGGCAUCCAUUUCCUAUGAAGACCCAACCGAGACAGCAAAGCAAGAGUAUGAGGAUGGCUCAGACGUGUUUUGCGGCCAUGCUCCUCCCAACGCCCUGCAGUACUUGCGCUCAUUCGAAGCCACCCUGCGCCAGAGCUACCUCACCAACUCACCUCAGCUAGAUCACUUGAUCGGUUUAACUCGUUUAAAUGUGCACAAGGCAAUAAGAGAAAAUAUCCGUGCUAUCGGUAUGACCAUUGAAUGGACGAUAUGUGAAGAUUCCAUCUCAAUCUUCAAUCUCGCCCCACCGUCUCCAAAUCUCAAUAUAGACCGGAUACCAGUUAGUCUCCGACCAACUGAGAUCCAGAAAAGUCUGCCGCACCACCCGUGGCUGGAUUUCUUUCCGUUUCCUGCCAUGCGCGACACACUCAUAUCUGCGGCGCACUUGUUCGAUGACGAGGAGCUGUGCCAUGAUCUCAUGGCGUUCUGGGAUACGAGGAAUACCCAGGCGACGCUGGUUGUCUGGGGAGUGUCGUGGGAGCCGGGGAACUGGGAGGUGACAGAAGGGUUUGCAAGGAAAUGGGGAUGGUUGCUAAAAGGGUCCCCGGAGCUGCUGGUUAGUACGAAUAUUUGGAGAAUGAAGAGGGGAGAGAGGCCAUUGGAUUGGCGGCGUAUUUUAGCUGGUGUAUAG